AUGGCUCCUCCAAGAGGCAGAGCCCCUAGAGGCCGCGGCAAACGCUCGAGAGGGCCCGUCGGGCGCCGCGAUGCCUUCCAGGCUUCUCGGGUUGCCGACAUAGAGUCUGAUGAUUCUUCGUCCGGUGAAGAUGGUCCUGUCGAUGAGCAUAUGGAGGGUGGUAUGGCCGAAGAGGAAGCCAUGGAUGUCGGUUCGUCCAGCGAUGAAGAGGAUGAGGAGAAGUCCGGUCGUCCUUACAACGAGCUGCUACAACUGUUGAACACAUCUGCCGACUCCAAGGGCCCAGCCCGCAAGAGGAGAAAGGUCGAACAUAAGAACACAGAAACCGUCGAGGUUGUUCGCGAGGACCCUGUUGCGGAGGAGGACGACGAAGCUCUCGGGGAGGACGAUCUUGAGCAACAAGAGCCUUCGGAUGAAGAGGACAAUGGGAAUCAAGAAGAUGCUGGUGCACAGGAUAGUGAUGACGAAGACGACAACGAUCCUUUCGACACGCACUUUACGAACCCGACGGAAGACGAGCUGGCCAAGAAGAUCAAGGCUAUUGGGGAGAACAAGUGGAAGAAUGCAAAGAAGGAACUGCCAGAAGGCUUGAGGCUUGUGCGCGCUAUUCCAGAUACUGGAGACGAUGCGUCCUGGUUACCUCCAAUGAAGCAGAUCUCAAGCGUGAAGCUUAAGAGAAAACUUAAAGAGCCAGCCUCCGAUAAAUUCCCCCAAAUCGGUGGACAGGCCCAGCACAUUGCUCCGUACAUCUUCGGCUACCAGGACGUUUUGUAUGGAGCCCGGACGCCAUCCAACUCGGCCCAGAUGCGCGAUCUUCUGGCCCUCCACGCCACCAACCACGUGCUCAAGACCCGCGAUCGAGUGCUCAAGAACAACACACGCUUGGCCAAAGAGCAAGACGCCGACAUCGAUGUCCGAGACCAGGGCUUCACUCGGCCGAAGGUACUUUAUCUCUUGCCUACCAAGCAGGCUUGUGUGCGGGCCGUCGAGUCCAUCACGCGCUUCUUCCAACCCGAGCAACAAGAAAACAAGAAACGUCUCCUCGACACCUUUUCGGCGGCUGAUGACCCGUCAUGGGAGAGCAAGCCGGACGACUUCCGCGAGCUCUUCGGUGGCAAUGACGACGACAUGUUCCGCCUGGGUCUCAAGUUCACCCGCAAGACUGUCAAGUAUUUUGCGCAAUUCUACACCUCCGAUAUGAUCCUGGCCAGUCCACUGGGUCUACGCACCAUCAUGGACCAGGCAGAUGUUAAGAAACGCGAUCACGACUUCCUCUCGUCUAUCGAAGUAGUAAUUGUCGACCACGCGGAUGCAUUGCUCAUGCAAAACUGGGAUCACAUCGACUACAUCAUGAAGCACCUCAACCUGCAGCCCCGAGAGGCACACGGAUGUGACUUCAGUCGUGUACGGACAUGGUACCUGGACAACAACGCGCGGUAUGUGCGGCAGAUGAUCAUGCUCACCUCAUUCGUCACUCCGGAGAUGAACUCGGUGUUCUCGACGCACAUGCACAACACCUCGGGCAGGGUCAAGGCCACGCCGAUCCACGCGGGCGCGAUCACCGAGCUCCCCCUCCCGGUCUCGGUCAGGCAGACAUUUACCCGCUUCGACUGUCUCUCGCCGGCGAAAGACCCCGAUGCGCGGUUCAAGCACUUCACCACGACUAUCCUCUCGUCGCUGGUGCGCGACAUUGCCUCCGGUCGCGGCAAGGCCAGCGCCGGCGGAACCCUGAUCUUCAUCCCGUCGUACCUGGACUUUGUGCGCGUGCGUAAUCACUUCGCCACGUCGCAGCAGACCACCAACGUCUCCUUUGGAGCCAUCUCCGAAUACACCGAGCAGCGGGAGGCGGCGCGGGCUCGCUCGUAUUUCAUGAAUGGGCGCCAGUCGGUGCUGCUGUACACGGAACGUCUGCACCACUUCCGUCGGUACCAGCUCCGCGGGGUCAAGCGGAUCAUCAUGUACGGCGUGCCUGAGAACCCGGCGUUCUAUGGCGAGAUUGUCGGGUUCCUGGGAUUGGAUCCAGCGGCGUUGGUCGAGGCGGCCGAGGGAGGUGUGCGCGCAUUGUUCUCCAAGUGGGAUGCGCUGAAGAUGGAGCGGAUUGUGGGCACGCAGCGAUUGGGCAAUAUGAUGCGCGAGAAGGGAGGAGAUACUUUUACGUUUAUGUAG